AUGGCUGUCUCAAUCUCUCAGGUGACGUUCGAGCACCAUCGACUUGCCCUCGGCAUUGCUGAGUCGGAACCACGUAUCUCAUGGCGUUUCAGCGGUAACGCUGUUGAUUGGGAGCAAAGCGCCUACGACGUUGAGAUUGCUAGGGGCUCAAGUAGCUCUCCCACCAUUCACAAUGUCAACUCUUCCGCAUCCCUUCUUGUCCCAUGGCCCGAAGCAGCUCUCCAAACAGCAGAACAGGCAAGUGUGAGAGCCCGAGCACACGGCAAGCCCGGUCAGCCUUCCACCCCUUGGUCUGACUGGGUCACAGUCGAAACAGGGCUUCUGGAAUCCACCGACUGGGCUGGAACCAUUCCUAUUGCAGCUGAGAGAGAGACUGAAGUCAACGCUCCUAAGCGCCCGAUAUAUUUCAGAAAGACUUUCGCUGUGGAUGCUAGUAUUACUUAUGCUCGGCUGUAUAUCACAGCAUUGGGGAUCUACGAGGCGGAAAUCAACGGCAAGAGAGUGGGAGACUACGUACUGGCCCCUGGCUGGCAGUCAUAUAACUAUCGCCAUGUUUACGACACAUACGACGUCACAGAGCUUGUGAAUAACGGAGACAACGCUAUCGGUGUUGCCGUCGGCGAAGGCUGGUUCUCCGGAAGACUGAGCUACGGCGGCGGUGUGAGAAACAAUUACGGCGAUACCGUCGGUCUUUUCUCCCUUCUUGUUAUUAACCUGGAGGAUGGGACCACCCUCAAGAUACCUACCGAUGCGACAUGGCAGUCAAGUACCGGCCCUACGGUGUCAUCUGAAAUAUACAACGGUGAACAUCACGACUCAAGACUCGAAGCAAAUUUGGAAGGGUGGUCAUCUGCAGGUUUCGAAGCCAAUGACUGGCUAGCUGUCAAAAAAUUACCCGCACUUAAGGGCGAGUUGGUUCCACCCGAUGGACCACCUGUCAGACGAGUUGAGGAGAGGAAGCCCGAGUCCAUAUUCAAAUCUCCUGCUGGGAAGACCAUCAUCGAUUUUGGGCAGAACCUUGUUGGUUGGCUUAGAAUUACAGUCUCGGGACGCACUGGGACGAAUAUCACCCUUCACCACGCCGAAGUUUUGGAGGACGGAGAGCUUGCACUUAGACCGCUUAGAGUUGCCACCGCUGCAGAUUCACUCAUAUUGCAUGGCAACGGGACCCAAAUUUGGGAACCUCGGUUCACUUUCCACGGCUUCCGCUACGCUCAGAUUGAUGGAUGGCCCGAAGAGGCUCCGUUGACACCAGACUCUAUUACCGCAGUUGUUGUUCAUAGCGACAUGGAAGAAACAGGCUGGUUCGAAUGUUCCAAUCAGCUUCUCAACAAGUUCCAUCAGAACGUUCGAUGGUCUAUGAAGGGCAAUUUCUUGUCGAUCCCAACCGACUGUCCGCAACGUGACGAACGACUCGGGUGGACUGGAGAUGCACACGCCUUUGCGCCAACCGCGAACUAUCUAUACGAUGCAGCCGGCUUCUGGAAAGGUUGGCACAAAGAUAUCUGGUCCGAGAUGCAACGCAAUGGUUCCAUGGUCGUACCUUUCACCAUUCCUACGAUUCCUCCGGAAGCCCCAGCUACGCCAGCUGCUGUCUGGGGUGAUGUUGCAGUCGCCAAUCCAUUCAACAUCUACCAAGCUUUUGGUGACCUUGACCUUCUGGAAGAGCAGUACGCUCAAUCUCAAGCGUGGAUUGACACCGGAAUCAGUCGCAACGAGGUUGGUCUAUGGAACCGGAGCUCGUUCCAAUUCGCGGACUGGCUUGAUCCCAAGGCUCCCUCAGACGCGCCAGGCAACGCUACAACGGCGAAACAUUUGGUUGCUGAUGCGUAUCUCAUUCGUAUGACAGAGUUUCUCGCCAAUAUGUCUGCAAGCCUCGGCCGUAAUGAUACAGCGGGGAAAUACCGAGCUCAGCGAGAGAAACUGACCCAAGCAUUUCAUGAUGCUUGGAUCCAAGACGGUGCACUUGCCAAUGAGACGCAGACUGCAUACGCAAUGGCUCUUAACUUUGGUCUCUACACAGAUGAAGAGCAACGCUCGGCUGCUGCUAGGAAGCUGCGCCAGAUCGUUGCGAACAAUGACUAUCUUGUAGGUACUGGUUUUGCCGGUACUCCUCCAUUGGGCUUCGCACUCCGAGACAUUGAUGCUACCGAAGACUUUUAUCGGAUGCUCCUUCAGACAAGCGUUCCAUCUUGGUUGUACCAGGUUGUUCAGAACGGUACUACCACAUGGGAGCGAUGGGACAGUCUUCUCACCAACGGUAGUGUCAACCCUGGCGAGAUGACCAGUUUCAACCACUACGCUUUCGGCUCUGUCGCCAAUUGGAUGCACCAAGUCAUUGGCGGCAUUGCCCCCGCUGACCCUGGUUGGAAGCGUAUUGCUGUCGCCCCGGUUCCCGGUGGCAAUAUCACCAGUGCCAAUUCGAAAUACGUUAGUCCUUACGGAGAAGUCAAUGUCCAGUGGUGGUUUGAAAACAAUGCGGAACAAAAUGCUGCGCAUCGCAACGGAUUCCACUUGAAGGUGAAGGUUCCACCGAACACGAAAGCUGACAUUACAUUGCCCAAUGGAGGGGAGACACAAGAAGUCGGUUCUGGAUAUUACGAGUUCCACGUCCCAAGCUACAAGCUGCCUUGA